CCGUCAUCCUGCAAAAGCAACCCGUGCGCGGCGCGUGCGCGCGCGCAUGUGUGUGCGUUCAACUAUGCGAGCAGACUGAAUCGCGGGGAGGCUCCGAGUCCGCUAUACGUCAGACAGAUUAGUCAGACGGCAGGACUUACCUUCCCUCCCCGCAGUGCGUACGGGGCUGAGACGAGCGGCGCGGAUCGCCGCUGACGGAUGGCGAGGGGAUCCUUCUGACAAAACAAGAGAGGAAGAAGUACCGCCACUUUGGUCUGCGUGGAGAGAGAGAGAGAGAGCGAGAGAGAGCGCGCGCUCACGACCUCCCUCCUUCCCUUCCUCGUCUUCCUGCCCCCCGGUGAGACAUGGCGAGGGAGAACGGCGAGUCCGGCGACGGAUCCUGGAAGAAGCACGUCGACGACAUCAAGAACAUAUUCGACUUCAAAGAAGUCCUGGGAACUGGGGCGUUUUCUGAGGUGGUUAUGGCUCGGGAGAAGGCCACGGGGAAGAUGGUCGCCAUCAAGUGCAUCCCCAAAAAGGCACUGAAGGGGAAAGAGACCAGCAUUGAGAACGAAAUCGCUGUGCUCAGGAAGAUAAAGCAUGAGAAUAUAGUGGCUCUAGAGGACAUCUAUGAGAGCGCAAACCAUCUGUAUCUCAUCAUGCAGCUGGUGUCAGGGGGUGAGCUCUUUGACCGUAUUGUAGAGAAGGGCUUCUACACAGAGAUGGACGCCAGCCGACUCAUCCGGCAGGUGUUGGACGCAGUCAACUAUCUCCACUCCAUGGGUAUAGUCCAUCGUGACCUGAAGCCGGAGAACCUGCUGUAUUUCAACCCCCAUGAUGAAUCAAAGAUCAUGAUCAGUGACUUUGGCUUGUCCAAGAUGGAGGGAACAGGCGACGUCAUGGCCACCGCUUGUGGGACACCAGGAUAUGUGGCUCCUGAAGUUUUGGCACAGAAGCCUUACAGCAAAGCCGUUGACUGCUGGUCUAUUGGGGUCAUCGCUUAUAUUUUGCUGUGUGGUUACCCUCCUUUCUACGACGAGAAUGACUCUAAGCUCUUUGAACAGAUUCUCAAAGCAGACUACGAGUUUGAUGCACCAUACUGGGAUGACAUAUCGGACUCUGCCAAAGACUUCAUCGGCUGUCUCAUGGAGAAGGACCCUGAGAAGAGGUUCACAUGUGACCAGGCCCUUCAGCACCCCUGGAUUGCUGGUGACACUGCUCUCUGCAAGAACAUCCAUGAAUCUGUCAGCCGACAGAUGCGGAAAAAUUUUGCCAAAAGCAAAUGGAGGCAAGCCUUUAAUGCCACGGCUGUGAUUCGCCAUAUGAGACGUCUGCAGCUGGGCACAACCUUUGGCAGCAGCGUGGACAGUGCCAACCCUUCAGCCAAUACCCAGAACCGGACACCAGCCAAAAGCCAGUCUGUGGACUGCGCUCCGCUUUCCCACAAGGACUGCUCUCCUGCGGCUCCUUUGUCCGCUGGUGUUAAAGCUCACAGCAACCGGAGUGCGCCCUCUGCUGAGCAGGAGGAACCACAGCUGGUGGCCGAGCCCCCCCGGCCCCGGCCAUCCACCGUCACGGUCAUCCACACGGGGACUAAAUGACGCCAGGUUCCACGGGAGGUCAGCUGGGAGACCACAGAGCUCUGAGAAGACGGUGGAGGUGGAGGUGUGGGUGUCCACCACCCAACCAACGCCUCUUCCAAAUGCCUGAAUUUCAACGUCGUCGCCCGGUAUGCCUGUCCCGCUACCUCCCUCCCUUCCCUCUGUCGGCCACUUCUGAACUGGAAGGGAAGGGGGGCUUUUAAAGCAUCAGUUUGGCUCCAUGUUAGUAGCACCGCACCCAAGUACUUCCCCUCCACCUGUGGCGGGGCACCGCUGGUGUAGAGGGAGGAGACAGUCUCGCUGUGUCACCAGACCAAAGGUUAUCAUUGGUGGAGGCCAUAUUCCCUUGUUACAAGGAUAUCUAAUGGAAACAAAUGAAAGAGGUGGCCUCUGACCUGCCACCCAAAGGGAACCCUGUCUUCAGGUCUCGACUGAAGCUUGUUGUUAUUUUAACUGUGGGCAUCUCCGGCCAGAGAUCCUCCGUUUGUACACAUCUGUGUGAAUAUAAACCUGCCGCGACUUCGUGGAGUGGAAUAAUGUUUAAAUAAUAAAAAUAAGUUAAACGAAAUUUGAAAACCUUUUUGCGCCACGGUGAAUUUAUAGUGACUGUGUGGUUUGGAAAUUCUAGUUAUCCUGUUGACAGCUUUCUGUACCGGUGGUUGACAGAGUCGUGAGUUCCAGCGGUCUGACGGAAGUGGUGUUUUAUCGCUUUACGAUUUCUAAAUGUAAGAUAUGUUGAGGAAUCUUGUUCCUUGCUUUAACUCUGUGUGUGUGUGUGUGUGUGUGUGUGUGUGUGAGUGGGGGGGUUCAUUUGGACUGAGGAAAGGAGGAAGGAGGAGGAGUCAUGGCAGUUGUGUGAGUGAGCGUGGAGAAGGGCUGUAUUAAUGGUCAGUGCAUUGUGCUAAUAAUCCUAGUUAAAAUGUUUUGAACUAUUUAUUUUCUUACAGUACAGUAAAACUUUUGUAAGAGGACCGUCACUAACGGAACUGUAUGCAUGUGUGUGUGUGUGUGUGUGUGUGUGUGUGUAUAUAUAUAUAAAUCCAGUGAUUCAAGUAAA